AAGGACAGAGGGGUUCAAGCUUCCCGUAGGGAUGAUGGGCAAAGGAAUCCAGAUGGUGAGGACCCCAGGUGUUCUUGGUCUUGGCUUUCCCCACCUCUCGGGGCCAGUUAAGCAUCUCAGCUUCCUACAUUGCCCGCCCCCUUGUUUGCUGCACUCAACUUCCUGCCUCACCAGAGGAAGUGGGGAGAGACAGCAGGUACAGCAACAGCGACGGGGGCCAUGGACAAGGAGUAUGUGGGUUUCGCAGCCCUUCCCAACCAGCUGCACCGCAAGUCCAUCAAGAAGGGGGGAGUCAGGCCUGGGGAAAUCCACCCUCAUCAACAGCCUGUUUCUCACCAACCUCUAUGAGGAUCGGCAACUGCCAGAGGCCAGCGCUCGCUUGACACAAACGCUGACCAUUGAGCGUCGGGGCGUGGAGAUCGAGGAGGGGGGUAUUAAGGUGAAGCUGACCUUGGUGGACACACCUGGCUUUGGGGACUCGGUGGAUUGCUCAGACUGCUGGCUGCCCGUGGUGCGCUUCAUUGAGGAGCAAUUUGAGCAGUAUCUUAGGGAUGAGAGUGGCCUGAACCGGAAGAACAUCCAGGAUUCCCGUGUCCACUGCUGCCUCUACUUCAUCUCACCCUUUGGCCGGGGGCUCCGGCCCCUAGAUGUGGCCUUCCUCCGGGCGGUGCACGAGAAGGUCAACAUCAUCCCAGUCAUUGGCAAAGCAGAUGCCCUGAUGCCCAGAGAAACCCAGGCUCUCAAGCAGAAGAUCCGGGACCAGUUGAAGGAGGAGGAAAUCAACAUCUACCAGUUCCCCGAUUGUGACUCAGAUGAGGAUGAAGACUUCAAGAGGCAGGAUGCCGAGAUGAAGGAAAGCAUCCCUUUCGCAGUUGUCGGUUCAUGCGAGGUAGUGAGGGACAAAGGCACCCGACCAGUGAGGGGACGCCGCUACUCCUGGGGCACCGUGGAGGUGGAGAACCCACAUCACUGCGAUUUCCUGAACCUGCGACGGAUGCUGGUGCAGACACACCUGCAGGACCUGAAGGAGGUGACACACGAUCUGCUCUAUGAGGGCUACCGGGCCCGCUGUCUACAGAGCCUGGCCCGGCCUGGGGCUCGCGAUCGGGCCAGCCGCAGUAAGCUUUCCCGCCGGAGCACCACGGAGAUCCCGCUGCCCAUGCUGCCCCUGGCCGAGACGGAGAAGCUGAUCCGCGAGAAAGACGAAGAGCUGCGUCGCAUGCAAGAGAUGCUGGAGAAGAUGCAGGCGCAGGUGCAGCAGAGCCAGGCUCAGGGCGAGCCGUCGGCCGCUCUCUGAGGACCCCCGCCGGUGCCGCUUUACAUCCGCUCCGCCUUCGUCCGUCUCUUGUCCAAUCCCCGAGCCCCGGCGCCCCGCGCCUCACCCCAGCCGCCCUGGCGCUGGGCUCUGGGCCAACGGUUCUCCCAACCCCGGAGCUGGGGUCCUGCCUUUGGCCCCGCCCCGCCCCCGCCCCUCCCGGAGCCGGGGCUUCCAGCCCAGCCCCUCUAAACCCCAACUGAGGUUCCUGCCCUGACCAGUGUGGCUCAGCGGGUUGACCGCUGUCCCGUGCACCGAAAGGUCACCGGUCGGACUCCGGUCAGGGCACAAGGCCAGGUGCCGUCCUGGCCGGGUGCGUUCGGGAGGCAACUGCAACCGAUCGAUGUUCUCUGUUUCUCUCUCGCAUCGAUGUUCCUCAAAUAGAUGUCAUUUUCUCUCUAAGAUCAAU